AUGCGUUUCUCCAUUGUCUUCACUACCCUCUCGGCCAUCGCCUUGGCCACCGCUCAGAGCGAUGUCUCCAUCCAGACUGUCGAGAACCCUGCCACCCAGUAUCUGACCCAGACAAACUCUCUCGGUGUCGUGACUGGCCAACCUGAAGUCGUCACUUCCCAGCCCACUGCUGUCACCAGCCAGGCCGCUGCCGUGACCUCCCAGCAGCCCGCUGCCUCCAUCCCCGCUGGUCUGACCUCGCCCGUCGCUGGCCCCGGCGCCUCUCACUCCACUCUCUCCACUGCCUCCAGCCGCUCUGCCAGUGACUCUGCUACCGCCACCAAGACCACUGACUCCAAGAGCACUGGUACCUCCACCAGCUCGUCCUCUGACUCAUCCGAGUCCUCCAAGUCUUCGUCCAGCUCCAGCGCCAGCUCCAGCUCAUCUGCUGCUGCUUCCAGCUCGGCCUCCACCGGUGGCGCCGCUAUUGCCACUGCUGCCCCUGUCGGUCUCGGCAUGAUGGCCGGUGCCGCUCUCGUUGCUUUCCUGUAA